AUGGGAGAUACUCAAUGGGACGAUUCUUUGGCGGGUUCCAUGGUGUGCGAUGCUGAUUCAAGACUAGUGCCCCAUGAUUUCGUAAAGACUAAUCACACAGGUUUGAGCAUCUCACAUGAAUCGCUCAAUUUCAGUUUUUGGGUCUUGAUUCUUUCACCGAAGGAUGAGAUCAUCGUGUUCAUCAACUGUGGAAAAUAUGGACUGGUAGAUAACAGUUUGAAUCUGGUCAGUGACAUGGGUUUCGAUGGAGGGAACACAAUAGACAGCACGUACACGAAACUGAACAAGCUUCUUCCUGGAGAAUACUUGAUGGAUUUACAUUUCAGAGAGAUUUCUGUAGCUGAUGGACCAGAGAAACAGAGAUUGCUGAAUGCUGAAACUUUCCAUGUAAAGGAUGAUGGACUGAUUACAGUAAGGUUCGCAGGAUGGCGUCCACUGGUUUGUGGUGUAUGGAUGACACAAGAAGAGAACAUCAUAUCAGAAUUUAAUGGAAUGGUUGCACAUGUUCUUAGAAAACAAGAAGAGACUGGUUUUCGAUAUGCAUUGGAGUACAUAAGCAUUUUAGCUGCCAUUAAGCUUCUUCCGCUGUCAACCAAAACUAUAAAAAAUUCUGAUUCACUUAGGAGACUUGAACCACUUCGCAACAGCAGGAACAACAUGCUGCAUUCCAGAAGCAGUGAACCUAAGAAGUUGUUUGACAUGUUGAGGCAGCUUUGCGGGAAGAGAGUUUCGCGAGAAAUCUCUUCUAGCCAGUGGAUAAGGAUGUACUUGGUGAUAAGAAAACUUAUAGUCAUACCAGAGUUAGCAGAUUCUGAUCUCUCGUUUGGAAGGACAAUGGGAGUAACGUUGGAUUUUGUGUGUGAGGAAGGCAUCAAAGAAGUUCGUGGGCAUGCACAAAUUCUUUGUGAAAAGAUGACUUUAGACCAGGAGAGGAAAAUAAUAGGACGUUGUGUCGAGGCUCUCAAGUCAUACUCGGACAGUUUGAAAAGGCGUAUGUUCGUGGGUUUCUAUGAUAAGAAAAGCGUGAGUGAUUCGUUAAGGUUGAUACUUUCUUUGCCAAGCAACUAUGUCCGUGAUGCGUUGAUCAAUGCCAAAUCCAUACACGACCUCAAGAUGAUCGCGAAAACUGCAAACUAUGAGAUACACGAGAUGGCGAUGAAGCUAAAUGGAGGAGAUGCAAUGAUACAAUGCUUAGGAAAUUGUCUGCAGCUUGUCCAAAUAGCUCUUGGACUUGCUUAA